UUUUUUUUUUUUUAAAGCUGGAUGUGACGUAUUAAAGAAGCCGACGGAAGUAGAAUUGAAAGCGUUCUAAAAUGGCGAACCGUACAGUGAAGGAUGCCCACAGCAUCCAUGGCACCAACCCUCAGUAUCUGGUGGAGAAGAUCAUCCGGACGAGAAUCUACGAAUCAAAGUACUGGAAAGAAGAAUGCUUUGGGCUGACGGCUGAACUUGUAGUCGACAAAGCCAUGGAGUUAAGGUUUGUGGGUGGCGUGUACGGUGGAAACAUAAAGCCCACUCCUUUUCUGUGUUUAACUUUGAAGAUGCUUCAAAUUCAACCUGAGAAGGACAUCAUUGUUGAAUUUAUAAAAAAUGAAGAUUUCAAGUAUGUCCGGAUGUUGGGGGCACUCUACAUGAGACUGACAGGAACUGCAAUUGAUUGCUACAAGUACCUGGAGCCUUUGUAUAACGACUAUCGGAAAAUCAAGAGCCAGAACCGAAAUGGAGAGUUUGAGCUGAUGCAUGUGGACGAGUUCAUUGACGAGCUGCUGCACAGCGAGCGAGUCUGUGACAUAAUUUUGCCCCGUCUACAGAAACGUUAUGUGUUAGAGGAAGCUGAGCAACUGGAGCCUCGAGUUAGCGCUCUCGAGGAGGACAUGGACGACGUGGAGUCUAGUGAAGAAGAGGAGGAAGAGGAUGAGAAGCUGGAAAGGGUGCCAUCACCUGACCACCGGCGAAGAAGCUACCGAGACUUGGACAAGCCACGACGCUCCCCUGCACUACGUUAUAGGAGGAGCCGGAGUCGUUCUCCCAGAAGGCGGAGUAGAUCCCCUAAAAGAAGAAGCCCUUCUCCCCGCCGAGAAAGGCAUAGGAGCAAGAGUCCACGACGCCAUCGAAGCAGGUCCAGAGACAGACGGCACAGAUCCCGCUCUAAAUCCCCAGGUCACCACCGUAGUCACAGACAUAGGAGCCACUCAAAGUCUCCUGAAAGGUCUAAGAAAAGCCACAAGAAGAGCCGGAGAGGAAAUGAGUAAUGGGUUAAUUUUUAUUUUAAUCAAAAUGGCGUCCUGUGGAUAUGAGAGCAUCUGUUUAUGUGGAAUGAUCAAGAUCUCCUCUCAGGCAGCUAUAAGUAUUUUCGGUUUUUAAAAAUCAAGUUUUGGUUGGUUUUUGUUUUAAUAUUACAGAGGUGCUAAGUUUUGUAUCUCCUUGAAUUACACUCAGUAUCUUUGAAAGGUGAUUUUGACCACAUCAGGGUCAGGUUUUGACCUAACCAACCAUGGCUAUUCAUAUUAACAAGAGACAAGAGGACCGGGAGUUGGAGAGAUUCUUGGGAAUGAAAAGACGCAGCCAAUUGGUAAUCCUUUUCUUAUUUGUAAUUAAACCUUACACAGUUGUCAUUUUUCUCUAGUUUCUGGCUUCUCGAUGGUUAAGUGCUCUAAGAAUCCUGU